GAUUUUCUCAGCCUUUUCGUUCUCUGGUAUUCUCUGCGACUGCUCGAGCUUCUUUCUCCGCACAAAAGCCUUCUCUUUUUCUCCAUUUUGUGCUGCCGCAGCGAAUCAUGGGACACUCCAACGUUUGGAACUCUCACCCCAAGAACUACGGCCCCGGUUCUCGCGCCUGUCGCGUGUGUGGAAACCCACACGGAUUGAUCCGGAAGUACGGUCUGAUGUGCUGCAGACAGUGCUUCCGCAGCAACGCCAAGGAGAUUGGCUUCAUUAAGUACCGCUAAAUGAUUAACUUUCGUUCUGGGAGCGGGUGUUUUGGCCAAAAGCGUGAUUGAUUAGUGAUUUCCGUUUCUAGAUUAUCUUUUGAGAAAAUGUUUUGUUUUUAUGCUUUAGUUUGAUUUGUCGUUGAGAAUGAAUUGAUUUUGGAAUUUUUUUAGUGUGGACUUAAUGGAUUAAGUAAAUUUAUCUGCAUAUACAUUGUUUCGGCUC